AUGCUUAUCUUGGACGGCUCCACCCUUGAAGGCGGCGGGCAGCUUGUCCGCGUCGCCCUGUCGCUAUCAUCAAUCUGCUCGAUACCAGUCCGAAUCACCAACAUCCGUGCAAACCGGGCAUCGAAGUCAUCCAGGCCUUCACACAAAUCUCGCGCCCGCACCGGCAACGCCAAAUCCGCCCCUUCGGGCUCCUCUCCAGGUGGUGGACUUAAGGAAAGCCAUCUAGCCGCCUUGAAUUGGCUUGCAGACCAAUGCGGUGCAGAUAUCGAAGGUAAUGAAGUCGGUUGUCGAGAAGUCGUCUUUCGUCCUGGGCGCCGAAAAGUCCAACCGGCUGAACCUGCUGUUCCACGGCCAGAGGUCAUCGAGCUCCGAAAGCCAGGCAGUGUCUGGUUGAUAUGGCAGGCCAUAUUCCCAUACAUAGUACACUCCAUAUGCGCUUCAGCACCAUCUCUCUCCUCGCUCUCGAGCAGACCACUCUGCAUAACCCUCCGCGGCGGCACCAACGUCCCGAAAUCCCCAUCAAGCGAAUAUAUGCAGCAAGUCUUCCUCCCUCUCUGCCAUAGAAUCGGCUUGCCAAAAGUCGACAUUCACGUAAUCCAGCGAGGAUGGGCAGGUCAUACUCCUGAGAUUGGUGAAGUGGAGAUAUCUGUCUACUCUCCCACCGUUUCUCUGCGUCCGCUUGAUCCGUCACUCACUGCGAGCACGCCCAGGCUUGUCCAGCCGUUCCAUCUACAUGACCGCGGCAAUAUCACACAUAUCAGCAUGACCAUCAUCGCCGGUAGUCACGCCACACACUCUCUGCUCGAAAGCGAGCUUCGAGAAUCAUUGGCCGCCAAACCGAUCUUCUCGUCCGUUGCGGUCACAGUACAUGCCUCUUCGGCGCUCUCCCAUGAUGAACGACGCCUGUACACACUCCUCGUCGCACACACCUCGAACGACUACCGGCUCGGUCGCGACCAUCUAGGGUCUGGACGCAAAAUCACCUCCGAAGCCGAUCGAGCAGGUGUGGUGAGAGAAGUCGUCAGCACCGUCGUGCGAGAUUUUGUGCGUGAAUGCGAACGAGGCAGCUGCGUCGAUGAAUUCGCGGAGGAUCAGCUUGUGAUUUUCCAGGCUCUGAGUCAGGGGAGCACAAGGAUCCACGCUGAUGGCGUAGCAUUGGAAGGAGAGCAGCGUCAGAGGCGGGAUGGAUAUGAGCGAAACAGACCGGAGUCUGGGAGCCUGCAUACACAUACGGUAAGGUGGGUGUGCAAGGAGAUGUUAGGUACAAAGUUUGAUGGACUGGGUGGAUGUGAAGGAAUGUCGCCACGGAGAGACGGGGAGGUGGAAGAAGUCAGCAAGGGGCUGGCGAGCGUGAUAAUCGAUGAGCCAGGGAGCCGAAGGGGAACAGGAAAGGAAGAGGGUAUGCAUGAGUAA